GGCUCUUGCUCGGGUUUGAGGUUGGUGUCGGUUUGCGCCGUUCCCGGACGCCAUGGCCGCUGUGCUUGCACCUGUCACUGGACAGUCUGUUGCUGUGGGUCAUGUGCCACUGCGGUCGGAAGUUGGCAGCCUUGCGGUCCACAGGCCACUCCAAUCGCAGCAAAAGCCGCAGUAUUUUCAAAAGGCAAUCGUUGCUGGCUUGGUGAUGUGUCAAGCCGUGAAGGUACGCAGAAGUUUCACACGAAGGCGCAAAGUGCAACGCCUUGCUGGAGAUGGAGGAGAUGAUGAUGAUGACAAGCUCAAAGUAGUGGUACGCAAGAAUGUGCUCAAAACUGUCUGCCGCGUGGGGCUUUGGUCGGUCGUUACAGCAGCAGGGGCUUAUCUAUUCUACCCAUCCCUGCAACAGUUCUUGUGGACGUUCUUGACGGGAACCAAAACAAUUGUGCCUUUGGGUGAUGUUGCUCAGGGCUAUGUCGGAAAUGUCCUUGCGCUGAUGAGCGUCUUGUUCUCCAUCCUGGCUGGCAGCAACUAUUCAUCCCUCUACUCGCAGAACGAGGCGAUCUUUUGUGCUUUGUUCGCAGAGGUCUCUGAGGCCAAAGCUUUGAUGGAGCAGAUUGCCCUGGUGUGCUCUGGAAGGCCCUUCUAUCGAUCUGCGCUGGAGAACAUCCGCCGUUACGUGGAGCGCGACCUUCGACGGUUGGAUCGCCCUCCUUCCAUCCUUUGUGCUUGCAAACCACGUGAUGACCCGUUGGAGAGCAUCCUGUAUUUGACCAGUGUAGGAGUUCCCUCAGCUGUCUACGAAACAGUGAGGAGUUUGCGUCAACGCCGUGGUGAUCGCCUGGGUGCAGUUCAGCGUAAACUGCCACCCGUACAGAUGGCCUUGCUCUAUGUGCUGGCAGGCUUCAACUUGAUGAGUUUGCUUCUUUUGGCUUCGGCGAACCCUUCAGCAGCUGAGUCACAGCUUUGCCGAAUGCUUUUUGCAUCCAUGGCUGGAGCAUUGAUGAUGACUAUGCGUGUCAUCCACGAACUGUGGACUCCCGUGGGUGGUGCCUACAAUGUGGAUGGAGUCUUACGGGUCAUGAUCCGUGGCCUUGAAGAUGAAUUGGAUCAGCGUUUGAAGGGCAAGACCUUUUCUGACACUCGCUUGCCACCGCCACCGCCCAGCUUUCCAGCUCGACCAGCGGAGACCUCGGCAGCAGCAGCCUGAACAUUUGCGCGAACCCGAUUGUGAGCUGACCAAUCAGCAUUCUCGGGGCAGAUAUGAAGUGUUUUCAGCGGUCAGUGCUGCAAUCUGCAAAUUCAGUGCAUACUAGAUUAUAACAGUGUUAUUUUAUCAUAUUUUAUCAUAUUUUAUCCAUUCACAUGAAGCAGUAUAGCAGCUUGCUUCAUGUCGAACUUUCUGCUUGAGCUCGGUUUUGCUGAUUCUUGCGCAUGGUUUGAACGUUGGCCAUUCGCUUGCAUGACUCCAAAAACAAUGUAUGUAUUGACACGUCUCUAUAGAUUGAUUUGCGACUGAAUUUUAUGCGGAGCUAAGCUGAAAAA